AUGGUCAUCACGGGCACUUGGUAUCGUGUGGGUGCUUACAAUAGUAAAAUUGAUCGUUUGAAUACAUUUCAAAUCGUCUUAGCUACGGAUGGAGAUCGUAGUUUUGCCUUCAUACUCUAUCACGAUUUGCAAUGGGCCGGACCAGGAUACACUACGGAACCCUACGCUCAGGCAGGUUUCAAUGCAGGUGAUGGAAUUGCUUUCGAAAUGCUUCCAUAUUCUCGAACAGAAGAUGUUAUCCGACUAGUUCAUGAAAGCAAUGUUAAUGUUCCUGGUCUCUUUGUUUUUCGUGUCGAUACGGAUGAGAUUGGUGCCGGCGGCUGUGGUACUAACGCAUCUGUUGCUACCCUUCGCCCACGCAUCAGCUCGCAACUCGGUUUUACAGCACUCAAUAUUCAAGGACCAUGCUUCGAUAAUGGGACAAAACCCAAAUGUCGAUUUGAUUCAUCAUCGCAAAUUGUCGAUGGUCUCAUCAUUGAUCGAUUUCGAGUCAUAUGUUUGACACCUUUUGCAUCGAUAUAUGGUCCAGUACUAGUAAGUUUAUCGAUUGACGAUGGAAACUCUUAUAUUUCAGCUGGUACUUUCACUUAUGCCCCAUUACGAUUCGGUUCCGACGAUGUAACCAUUGAAACGGGCAACGGAGACAACCUACUCAAUGUUGGACAUAGUGUCACGCUCACUUGGCGCUUUUCGGAAUCUACACGAGACACAUUUCCCGAUGAAACUAAAAUUGACAUUGAAUUAUGGAAAGUGAGUCUUAAGAAUUGGUCGCAAUUGCAACAGGAGAGUCCGUCUGUGAUCCUUGCACAAAACUUAAAUCCUACCUUUAGCUCGAUUCGUCUUCAAUUACCUGACAGUAUCUCGUCUAUUACAACAUGUUUUAUUCGGGUUGUAGCUCGCUUCGAAUCUAAAACGUAUGCUGGAUUGAAUACAGGCAUUCUCAUUGUUCGCAAUCCUUCUUCACUCGCUUCCCAAUCGUGCGUCGAAUGGUCUCGUCGACAGCCAGAACCAUCGACAUGGAAUGGUGGUAGUCUUCUUCCUUGUCCAAUGACACGCACGCAAGCCGUAGCUGCCGGUCGUUGUUGUUACGAAUUUGAUAGUCAAUGCUAUCGAGGUAAUCCGGAUUCGAACAAUUGCUGGCUUCACCGGGCUCGUCCUCAACGUGAUGAACAGUCGGCCGUAGAAUGUUAUUCAUCGAAAAGCUCCAAUAUUCAUGGUGCUGGUGCCGAAUGUUGUUACGAUAUCGAAGGACAAUUAAUCACACGUGGUACAGGAGCAGGUACGGAUGAUCGAUAUCGACUUGCAUCAUCGCCUGUCCAACAUUUCUUCGAUGACACUUUGCCUUAUCUACAAUGUUGUAUGAUGGAUACCCAUGAUGACAUAUGCAACACAUAUAUGCGCUAUCGACCGCCACGAAGAGGUAGCAAUACGAUGGGUGAAAAUGGUGGCACAUGGGGUGAUCCUCACUUCAUCACACUUGAUGGAACAUCUUACAUGUUCAAUGGUUACGGAGAGUAUACCUAUUUGGCCAUUAGUUUUGCUGCUCGAUCAAGUGAUCCUGAAAGUCAACCGAUAAGUAUCACUGUUUCUCGUCGUGAAAAUCUUGUUGUACGUCGUGGAACUGAAAUGAUCGAGUUCGAAGACAAUAUCAAUACGUUCUUCUUCCCUGAAAUGACCAUCGAACGAAAUUUAACUGAUGGAAUUGUGCUCACCCUCUCUUGGACACUAGGUGUUACUAUUCAAAUCAAUCUAAUUGAAAUGACAUCACCAUCGGCAACACUCGUACUCAAUGUAGCUGCUUCUGUAGCUGGCAUGUUUCGUGGACGAACGUAUGGUCUAUUGGGUACCUAUGAUAAUCAAGCCACUAAUGAUCUGCGAGCUCAAGAUGGACAAAUAGUGAGUAGUACUGCCUCAUUAGAACAAAUUCAUCAACAAUUCGGCGUUACUUGGGCUAUCGAUUCAACUACUUCUUUAUUUCACUAUGAAUCGGAUCAAUCAGCUGAAUUUUUCAAAGAACAAAACCGAUUAUUUCUGCCGUCAUUUACACAGCCCAGUGUUUCACCAGAGCAAGACGAAUCUAUUCGACGUGCUUGCAAAAUUGAUCCUACCUUGGAAUCGUCUUCAUGGAGUAUUGCUCAACGAACAUGCUACUAUGAUAUAUCAGUGACAAAAGAUGAAACAUUUGGUCAAACAUCAUUUAAUGCCGGUGAUGAAAUUUCAUCAAUCAAAGUCGACCAACGAAAUCCGCCUCUAUUCGAUAUUUCACUUCCUGUUUACAUGGAAGCAAAACAUGGCGAUCAAAUUCAUUUAGAAAUAAAUGCUUCGAGUGAAUAUCCGUCGAAUGUUAUUGUUCUAUCCGCAGUGCAUUUACCUAAAGAUGCUACAUUUAAUGUACUAACGAGUGAAUUCGAAUGGACAGCUAUUGAAGGUGAUAAUUAUGUUCGAAUUCGAGCCCUGGAUACAACAUACAAUUUGAUGGCAACACAUGAGAUUGCCUUUCGAGUAAAGCCAGUCAACUCAGUCACUACUGAUCCUCCUACUACUCCUUCUCCUACUUCACCUCCUACUGCAUCUCCUACUUCACCUCCUACUGCAUCUCCUACUCCUUCUCCUACUUUCCCUCCUACUGCUCCUCCAAAUAGUGCCAGUCAAUUUGAACUGCAAGCUUUGCUACUAUUCAUUGCUAUACGGCUGAUUCUUCUUUUUAAAUAA